AUGUCCGUGUGCCCCUCUCCCUGCCCUCCUUCACAUCCCUCCUUCCCUGCUCUCCUCGCCAUCCCUCCUUCCAUGCUCCGCUGCUCCUGCUCACUCCUCCAAGCUGACCCCCCCACCCCCUCCACCCCCCAGAUAAUAACGGUGGCGGUGCUGCCGCUCUCGCCAGACGUGAACGUGUCGCAGACGUGGCAGGUGGCGGUGCGCAUCAGCGUGCUGCUGCAGUUCGUGCCGCGCCUGGCGCGCAUGUACCCCAUGCUGUCGGGGCAGGGCAGCCACUCCGUGCUCUUUGAGACAGCCUGGGCGUCCUUCCUGCUCAACCUCGUCGCCUUCUUCAUGGGCUCCAACGUCGUCGGCACGCUCUGGUACCUCCUCACCAUGCAGCGCACCGCCACCUGCCUCGUCAACUCCUGCCUGCCCGACUCCUCGCCGCCCUGCAACCAGAACUUCCUCAGCUGCCCGGUGGGCAGUACACCGGGGUACAGCGAGUGGCUGGCGGGCAGCAGCGGCAUGUACGACACGUGUCUGAGCAGCAGCGGCAUCAGCAGCGACUUCUACGGCAUAUAUGACACGGGCGUGCGCGUGGUGCAGCUCGGCUCCUUCUUCUCCACCUGGCUCUACUCCCUCAUGUGGGGCUUCCAGCAAAUCAGUACGCUAGCGGGCAACCUUGUCCCCACCACGGAGGUGGGCGAGGUGGUCUUCAUGCUCAUCAUCGUCGCGCUCGGGCUCUUCUUGUUCGCCUUCCUCAUCGGCAACAUGCAGAACUUCCUGCAGUCCCUCAGCCGCCGGUCGUUUGAGCACCGGCUGCACCUGAGGGACUUGGAGCAGUGGAUGUCGCAGCGAGACAUUCCGCGCGAGCUGCAGAGGCGGGUGCGGGAGCUGGAGCGGUACGUGUGGACGGUGAACCAGGGCGUGGACGAGGAGGAGGUCAUGACGUCACUCUCCGAGGACAUCCAGAGGGACGUGCGCCGCCACCUCUCCUACGAGCUCAUCACCAAGCACUGUGUGCUGCUGAAGGGCAUGCCAGAGCAGGUGCUGGACGCCAUCUGCGAGCGCCUGAAGCAGCGCCUCUACAUCGACGGCACGGUGGUGCUGCGCGAGGGCUCGCCCGUGUCGCGCAUGUUCUUCGUGCUGCGCGGCACGCUGCAGAGCUCCACCACCAACCGUGGCCGCACGGGGUUCUACGAGGAGGUGCUGCUGGGGAAGGGCGACUUCGUGGGCGAGGAGCUGCUCGUCUACUUCAUCGAGAAGUACGCCGAGGUCUCCAAGAAACAAAGCUCCCGCCGCUCCCUCCGCCGCGAUGUGAAGGUGGGGUCGGCGGUGAUGCCGGAAAUGCUGCCCAAGUCGGAGCGCACCUUCUGCUGCAUCGGCCCCGUGGAGGGCUUCUCACUGGAGGCGGCCGACAUUGACUUCGUGUGCACUCAGUUCUUCACCGUCAUGCAGUCCGACCAAGUGCAGCACGCCCUCAACCUCACUCCGUCUUGUUGUCUCCCCCACCCCGCUUCCCUCGCCCUUGUGUGUCUCCCCCCUGGCAGCCUGUGCUCGUUGAACCGGCGCAUGCGGGCAGCCACCACCAUCCAGGUGUGGUACCGCUCGGUGCUGCGGCGCCGCCUCAAGCUGCCCAUCGACGUCAUGCGCCAGGCCAUCCGCACCAAGCGCAUCGGCAACCUCCUGCGCUCCCUGCGCGCCCAGGCCUCCAAUGAGGCCGGCUCCGGCACGCAUCCCCGCGGGGGGGACGGCUCGGUGGGAAAGGGCUCGGGCAGCGAGCACGGGUCGGCGGAGCACGGGCCUGGCAGGGGCAAGCAGGCGAGCCCGGACAAAAGGAGUGGCAGUGGCAAGGGGGGGCGCGGGGUGUUUGAGCCGAGGGAUAAGGACAAGGGGAGUGCGAAACGGGGCAAAGUGUAUCGCGCGCUGAGGUCGCUGGGAGGGGGAGGCAGGACAUCAGAGAGCCAUGGCAGCGAGGAGGAGGAGGAAGAAGGUGAGAAGAAAGAAGCCGGAGCUGCAGAAGCGGCAGGUGACGAGAAAGGUGAGAAUCAAGUGGCCGAGGAAAACGCUGGAGGUGGUGAUGCAAACAGCGUACAGGAAAAAGGCAUUCCCAUGUGA